AUGCUUGCUUGCGAAGCCUGCGCACGAUGGGAAGUUGCUCUGGGGCUUCUCGACCAGAUGCACGAGGCCAGAUGCCUUCCAGACGUAGUGAGCUACAGUGCCGCCAUCAGCGCCAUGGAGAAAGGCUUCCAGUGGACCCGGGCCGUGGUUUUGCUCCAGGAGAUGAGCCAGGUGGCGUGUUUGCCAGACGUGAUAUGCUUCAACGCAGCGCUGGGUGCUUGUGAAAGCUGCGGAGCUUGGGAGGAGGCAAUGACACUGUGGUCCGGCCUCCUGUCCUCCUCGCUGCAGCCGGAUGUCGUGACAAUUGGAGCCCUCCUGGGGGCGUGUGGCAAGGCCCACCUCUGGCAGCUGUCACUGGAAUGGUUGUGGGACAUCGGUUCGAGGCAGUUGAUGCCCGACAUCAUUACCUACAACGCAGCUGCUACAGCAUGCCACGGAGCCAGCGCCUGGCGGCAGAUUGCGCUUUUGUUGGAAUCCAUGGCGACGAGGGAUUGUCCGGCGAACAUCUUGACUCUCGAUGUCGCUGCAUCUGCUGCAGACGCCGGGUGGGCUUUCGGUCCCUUGCGCGAACUCCUGCACAGCGCCGCCGACGGUGCCCUGCGCGGCCUGUGUUCUGUGCGGCUUCGGCAGGAAUCGAGGCACAAGACAGAACGUUUGUGCGUCCUCAGCAACAUCGCAAAGCCGAAGCUUCCCAUUGCGACUUCAGCGGACCUGAAGACAUGGCAACUCGCGACCGCGACUGACCCCGUGACGGCUCCUUUACACGAGAUGCAGACGAGAGCGUAUACGACUGAGAACAGAGUCCGCUCCGCUACAGAGACACGAGCGGAGGAAACCUCGGCGAGCUGCUGUCCAAGAGCACCAAAGAGCUUCUGGAAGAUACUGGGGUAA